CGGAUCAGACAGCGGUCUCCUUCUGCCUGGAGAAGGAAGACAUUGUUUGGUACCUGAUUUUUGCAAGAUGCUGCCAACAGUCAGCGAAAAGUCUGUCGAAUCCGGCGUGACUGUCAUCACAGAUGGUGGGUCCUCUCGACGUGACAGCGCCGAGAUCAAGUCGUUGUACAAGAAGUACAUCAUUGUUGCUGUUGCUGUCAUUGUUGUUGUUGCUGUUGCUGUCGGUGGAACGUUGGGAGCAGUUCACAUCUCUAACAAGGCAGCACAAGAUGUGUGGAAGGAGUACCAUCUCCGUUUAACUGACAAGCAAGGGCAGAAAGUUGAAGAAAAGGUCCAGGUUGAUCUGAAGGACAACAUCACCGUGUACACCGUGAACAACGAGAAGUUCCACGUCGCCAUGGACAACUCGAGGAGUCUGGUAGUAUACAAGAUGGAAAUGAACAACAAGUUUGCUUGUUACUUGACUCCAAUGAACAAAUCUGAAGAGACUGACAGCAAGGAUGUGGCCAGCGCUUUGGAAAAACCGAAUGAAAACACAACAGAUGGCGAUGAUGAAGAUACCAAUGACGACCAAAAGCAAUUCGUUGCCAACACAUCUCCAAUCAAGGACAAGUCCUUCCUGAGUCCCAGAAUGCAGGAAUUCUGCAGAGAUCUGGAGGCAUACUGGCUUACUCAGAAGGACGACACCCAAGCACCGGCAGGAGCUCAUCGUCAAAAGCGAGGCUGUCAUUGGCACCGUUGCAUGAGGUUGCGUCGCAUUUGCAGUUGCAACCGUUGUAAAACUUGUAAAAGUUGUAAACGUAUUUGCGUUUGGCGUGUAUCUAGUGGGUGGUGUCGCAAGUGCCAUUAAUAAACGCAAUCGCGAAAUGUCAGUCAUGUCACUAAGCUUAGUGCAACACCUUAGCUGAAUUGGAUAAUUGCUUCCGGUCUCUCUCUCUCUCUCUCUCACACACACACACACACACACACACACGGAGUGACACACUUUAGAACACACAUGAACAUAGUCAACCAUUGUAGAUCAAGACCUGCACAUCACCGUGGCUACCUGAAGAUUAUAAAAUAUUUGGCGAACUUAAUUGUAUGAUCACUUGAUAAGUAACACACAUGGGGGCUUAAUAUAUAAGAUGUAUUCAAAUAGUUUUUAAGUCAGUGACAUAAUGCAGAUUUCCCUCGCUACUUAUUUUGUAAAAUGAAGGAAAUAAAUCUUGUGACAUUUACUGAUUGUUUGGAAUUUACCCAAUAAAAGAGGCAAAAAGAUA